UAUACCUUCUUUUCUAUAAAUAAGAGCUUCCCCCUGUUCCCCAUCCACCCCUUGAUAUUUUUUCCCCUCUUUCUUCUCCUUCUCCUUCUCUCCGACUACAACAAUGGAAGAGCUCGGGUCCUUGUGGGCCUAUGAAGCCGAGGGCAUUGAGGAAUUGAAGCAGAAGCUUCUCCAUGCGACGCUCGAACUGGAAUCGGCAAACAAGCUCAAGAUGGAACUGUUCGAUCUCCUGAAGAUUGUGUACCAUGAAAGAGACGAACUUCGAGAAGCACUCGCGAAAGUUCUUCACAAGCUCGCAACCUCGUCAUCACCGAAUAUUCCCGAGUAUAAUGUUAUUCCUCAAGUUAUUCCCGAGAGUCUGAUUAUGGUGCCUAACACAAAAGCGAACUCGAGCAUCACUGAAUCCAACAGUCUCUCUCACGGUUCUUCCGCUGUUGAUUCCUUUCUGGACGCUGUUUCUUCUCCUGAUUUCUCAAACAUGAACGUCGUUGAUUCCCGAAACGUGGGUAUUUUCAAUUCUGAAAAGACACAGCGUGAUCCUGCGAACGUUGUUAUUGAGAAUCUGGUCAAAGGAAAAGCUCUGCCUCAAAAAGGAAAGCUGCUUCAGUCUGUGAUGGAAGCAGGACCGUUGCUUCAGACUCUUCUCGUUGCCGGUCCGCUUCCUUGCUGGAGAAAUCCUCCCCCUAUUCAACCCAUAAAGCUUCCACCUUUCAGUAUCAAGGACCUUGAAUCCCCGGCUCUAUUCUCGAAUUCUUCUGGGUUUUCGAUCAAAGCUCUCGAGACGUGUUCUUCAGCUUCGAUGUUGAACUUCGCUUUGAGUAAUGCAGUUUCUUGGCAAUCGACUACUAAUGCGAGUUUCAAUUGCAAGCGUCAGAGGCUUUGACCAGCCAUUUUGAUGCAGUUUCAAUUAGUGCCUUGAAAUCCCUUUUGUAAAUGGAGUUCGGUGAUUGGUGUAAAUCGCAUACCCUGGUUUUGAUUGA